CUCCUCACACCUCUCGAAAGUAUCGCACGAUUAUGUCAAGGCCACAGGACGAUAGGAAUCAAGAGGCUACGGUCUAUUUGGGAAACCUGGAUGAACGGUGCACUGACGCGCUCGUAUGGGAGCUGAUGUUACAGGCCGGUCCCGUCGUCAAUGUGCAUUUACCCAAGGAUCGUAUUUCUAUGGCACAUCAAGGCUAUGGUUUCUGCGAGUUCCUGACGGAGGAUGAUGCAGAGUACGCCUGUAAGAUUAUGAACCAGAUCAAAUUGUGGGGAAAACCUAUCAGGGUGAACAAGGCUUCGUCUGACAAGAAGCAGCUCGACGUAGGCGCGAACCUCUUCAUCGGCAACUUGGAUGAGAACGUGGACGAGCGGUUACUGUAUGAUACAUUCAGCGCAUUUGGGGUAAUGGCAACCACUGCUAAGAUUGCCCGUGACCCUCAAACAGGCCAGUCAAAAGGCUACGGAUUCGUCGCAUACACAGACUUCGAGUCGUCGGACGCAGCUGUCGAAUCCAUGAACGGCCAAUUCCUCAUGAAUAAGGCUAUCACCGUUCAAUAUGCCUUCAAAAAGGAUGGCAAGGGGGAACGCCACGGAACUCCCGCUGAACGACUCCUCGCCGCUCAAGCCCGCAAAAACAACGCUCUUCCUGUCGCCGCUCGCCCACCACCUGCACCCAUCGCCUUUGGCUCCCGUCCUCCCAUGCCCGGAAUGCAAGGCCCCUACCAAGGUCAAUUCGCCGGUGCCCUCGCCCAACCACCUCCGCCACCUGGAUUCACGCCACAGCAGACGAUUAUGCCUGGUGGCAUGCCGAUGCAGAUGGCUGGAAUGCCACCACCGCAGGGUAUGCAGAUGAUGCAGCCUCCUAUGGGAAUGGGUAUGCCUGGUAUGGGAAUGCCAGGUAUGCCGCCACCACCUCCGCAGGGUAUGCCAGUGUACCAUCCAGGCCAGGGUUAUCCACCGCCACCGCCCCCUGGGUUCAACCCGCAGGGUAUGCCCAUGCAGGGGAUGACGCCUAUGAUGCCUCCACCACAGGGCGCGUACAUGGGCUAACGAGUUUUGUUUGAUUUCGCUCGAUUUGUAAUGCCAGUCGUAGUAUGUAUUUGUUUCCUAUCGCAUAAUC